CGUACAUGUAACUGACGAAUUGCAGAACCCCUUCCUCUGCGAAUGUGCACCACUUUUCAUGAUCAGACGAUAUUGAAAUGAUGCGUGUAAUUUACUGCACCCUUGCCAUGAAGAUUUCUGGAGCAACCGUAACCUCAAGUGCUUGAUCAUAUAAUGGAACCAUGGCUGGCACUCUUAUGACCCAGAAUCGCACGACAAUCAGGACACAGCCACGGCUGGACUCAAAGUGGCUCAAGUCAGAUCCACAAGUUGCCUUCUCUAGGGAUGGUCUGAGCAGCUUGUGGAAUGAGCUAGUCAAGGAUGGGGAGGUGGUCGUGGGUCGACCCCGGCAGAUCACCAACUCAGCUGGGGCAGCGGCUGCCAAAGGGGAGACGGGCAAGUACUACUGCGGCAUGAGUGUCUUGUCCUGUAGCUGCUGUGACGGCCGAUGUGGGCCAGGGAAUGGUUGUAAUUGCCCCUCUUGUCAGAAGCUGGAUGAGGAGGAGAGGCGAGAGGAAGCAGGAGACCGAGGGACAUCAUCAAGCCUCAUUGAGUCCUGGACCUGGGGUAAACAGCCUGAUGCAUCGCAGCUGAAGGAAUGCCUACACCUGCUACUGAGAGAGCAGAAUCACCUCCUCCAGGAGGCUGCUCUGUCCACCCUCUCCUCAGUCCGUCUGCGACAGCGCCUAGUGGUACUAGAACGCUACUUCAUUGCCCUCUCCCGCCACUGCCCUGAGCAACAAGUGGUCACCAGAAAGCAGAAAGAAGGAGAAUCGUCUCCGGUGAAAAGUAGAAGCCUUCCCAAAGCAGCUGAGAAGGCUACCACUUCUCUGGCUCGUGUUGGGGCCCGCACCGCCUUGUCUUUUGCCUUCGCCUUCCUUAGGAGAGCUUGGCGAUCAGGGGAGGACUCAGACCUGUGCUCGGAGCUCCUCCACGAUGCUCUGGAGGCCCUACGCUCUCUGCCCGAGGCAACUCUCUUCGACGAGGCAUCCAUCUCCAAUGUGUGGGCUGAGGUGGUGCAGAAAGCUACCGACUUCCUCACAUCUGUUGUUGUUGGCGACUUGAAUGCUUGUGCCAGUGCCAAGGGCAACAACGACACCAUCCCCAUCCCUGAUCAGCACAGCGCCUUGGCCUUGCUGGUGGAGCUGGCUGUCCAGCGUGGCACCCUCAGCCACCUGCUGAGUGUGGUGCUGUUGCUGCUUCAGCUGUGGGACAGCGGCCGGCAGGAGCCAGAUAACAGGACUAGCCCACGGGGGACCACGGCCCCCCUCAUGCCACUGCUGAAACGCUUCCAGGAGAUACCCAGCCCCAAGGGCAAAUUUACAGCUGAGAACAGCAACCAGGAUGAUUAUCUCAGCCCUGCUGUGGUCAGUCCCACUGAAUGUUUCCUUCGCUACCUGACCUUACCGGACGAUGACGAUGCAUCAAUAGAUCUACAACAGGCUGCCGUCAUCAUCAUGUCCCACUUGGAUCGUCUGGCUGCACCUUACAUGCCCAGCACUAUAUGCCAAAAGGGGCCAGUCAUUCCCAUGGGCCAGGAGGUCUGGGUCAACCGGUCAUCUCCUUUCACUAAGAACCCCCCAAGCUCCUCUGCAUCCACUGCCCUAGUGCCUGUCCCUGCCUUCAGUAACCUUGGUGUGGUGCAGCUGGUCUGUGGAGAGGGCUGCACCCUAAUCCUGACCCGGACUGGCAAGGUGUACAUGCAGAAGGGUGACACCGAAACGUACCUCGAGCUCAUCGACACCCUGGCCAAGAAAGACAUAGUGCAGUUGGCCACACAUCCCACAGGCAAGCACUUCAUGGCACUGACGGCUGAGGGGGAGGUGUACACCUGGGGCUGUGGUGAAUCAGGAGAGCUGGGACAUGGGGACAAACGUUCCUGCACGGAACCAACACUUGUAAAGAGUCUCUUUGGGGCCAAGGAGUCAUCACAGCGUAUUGUAUUCAUUGCAGCUGGGAGUGGUUACAGCUCUGCAAUCACUUCCAAAGGCGAGCUGUACACAUGGGGAUCAGGAACUUAUGGGCGACUGGGACAUGGUAAUAGCGAGGAUCGUCUGAACCCAACCUUAGUGUCUAACUUGAAAGGACAGGUUAUCAAGCAGGUUGCCUGUGGCUCACAGGAUGGUCAAACCCUUGCGCUCACCAACACAGGACUGGUGUAUUCCUGGGGCAAUGCGGAGUACGGCCAGCUGGGGCAGAAGGAACGAGAGUCCCCCAAGUCCCCACGCCUGGUGGACAAGCUCCAGGAACAGAACGUGGCCAGGGUCUGCUGUGGGGCUCGCUUCUCAUUAGCACUGACGGAAGCAGGCACUGUCUUGAUGUGGGGUCGUGGUGAUGAUAAUCGACUGGGCCAGCCCUCAGAUGAUCACUUCCGCCUGCCCAAAUUGGUGGAGGGACUACAGAGCAAGAAAGUAGUGGAUGUUGCAGCAGGACAGCGGCAGUUCUUGGUGCUGACUGACUUGGGGGAAGUCUUGCAGGGUCAGCUCAUCCAAGCCACCACGGCGGCCAAGGGCAGCAAGCUGGAGCUGACGACGGUGUCUGCGCUAGAAGGGAAGACAGUCAGUGGUAUUGCCUGCAGCUUCACAAAUAGCUUUGCCUGGACAUCCAGUGGCAACUGGUCAGUUGGCCUAAACAUUCCUUUCAGUGUCCAUGUCACCAAGUCCACCUUUGAGCAGUUGGAGGGUCUGCUCGAGCGUGUCUGUGAGGGUCUAGACGGUCCCAGUGACUGGCCCCCACCCCAGGAGAAAGAGUGCAUGGCAGUGGCAGGCUUAAAUCUACUCAGACUCCAGCUCCAUGCUGCCAUAGCCCAUGGUGAGGAUGCUGAGAAGCUGGGCCUUGGCUUGGGUGGGACACUCCUGUCUAACCUCAAGCAACGCGUAGUGGACUUGGCCAGUAAUGGUGGCGUCAUACCCACAGUGCAGAUGGCAGCCCAGUCCACUCUGCAGACGGGGUGGUCCCUGCUGUUACCCACUGCUGAGGAGAGAGCUAGGGCACUGUCAGCACUGCUGCCCAGUGGUGGAGGUGAGAGUGUUACCAUGACUCCUGGGCGUCGCUUUAUGAUGGAUCUCCUGGUAGGAAGCCUCAUGGCUGAUGGUGGCCUGGAGUCAGCGCUGGAUGCUGCCGUCCACUCUGAGGUCCGAGAACUGGAAAGCCAGAAGGAGAAAGAUGUUGCUGAGCCUCCACCAUGCUCUGAAGGGGUCAAGGAAGGCAGAGGAGGGGUUGUUGAAGAGGAAGCUGAGAAGAGGACAAUGAGGGAAGAACAGCAAAGAGACAGCAGGGACAUCAGCAUGAGCAUCCCACUUCUGCAACUAGUGCAGCAGCUUCUCAAGAAUGCAUCAUCCAUCACCUUGUCCAAGCUUCAGGAGUUGUCAGUGGACUUUAGUAAGAGCGACCCCCCUCCCAGCAUGGUCAAAAAUGAGAAGUCCACCUCCAUGGAGCUUCUACUCAAGUUCCAGAGACUCCUGGUCUGUUUCCUUUUCCCCUUUGAAAGCCAGCGACGCAAGUCGGCCUCUGGCCAGGCAACAUCUGCUGAGACUCGUGGUGCUAUAUCUCUCUUGAGGAAGUACAUCAGUCUUCUGUCUACUCACAUCCAUGAUGUGCUCCCUGCAGCCUCAGACUUGGCAGCGCGUACUCCCAAACAGUUCUCAACCGUCGCAAGUAUCAUUGAGUCAGACCUGUCAGGUGUCUUGCUGCCGGAGCUUAUCACCAGCCUGGUCUUGCUGCAGGUGAAGCGUCGUUCCGUCCCCAUCUCUGACCUCGCCAGCUUAGUGGACCUGCUGGAUGUCUUCAACAGGCUGUCUCCCGGCAUGGAGAAGGAGGACGUAGAAGACCUGGCUUGGUCAGGCCAUCUUAGAGGUCACUGCCCUGGAGGCCUCUCUGGUAUGUCUGCAUCAGGAGGUGCCAGCGCAGACACCCCUGUGACCCCUGAAGACGUCCCCCUGAUCCGUAAAGCUGACCUGGAGAACCACAAUAAGGAUGGAGGUCUGUGGGUGGUCAUCAACGGCAAGGUGUAUGACCUGAAGGACUUCCACUGCACUGCCCCAUGCGGAAAGGACAGGCUGCAACAAUAUGCAGCCAAAGAUGCAACAGAAGAAUUCCAGAGUGUUGGUCACUCAGCCAAGGCUGUUCUGUUGAUGGAAAGGUUCUUCGUGGGGAUGUAUGUCAGGCCUGAAGAAGAUAUUGUCAUCCCAACUCUCGACUCAAGUUGUACUUCAUCUCCUCUCAUUGAUGCUGAGCGAGCCUUGGGUCUUCUCAUUGGCCUUACCUCCUGCCACCAGGCCUGUGACAACUCCCUCCACCCGGCCGAGGUGGGCAACAGCCAAUGGCUGGACUCACCACUCUUUAGUAGUGGCCUGCAGCUGGGCCAGCGCCCCAGCGUCCUGGAGCGCUUUGACAGGCCAGGUUCCAAUGCCUCCACGCCGGCCACUACACCUGUGCAAGCCCCGGGGAAGUAUGAGGACAACCAAAAGCACUUUGCCCGUUCAGCCUCCCUGGCAGACGCAGCCCGGCCCUUCCUUCAGGCCCUGGCUGACAGCAGGCUCCAGGACCCUGCCGUCAAGGCCUUCCUGGUCCACUGUGACCGUUACUGCCGCCUGCAUCACCUAGUCCCUCCCAUCGAGUUUCCACCCUCGCACCCCAUGGAGGUGGUCGGCCGACUGUUGAUGGCCUGCAUCUUGAAGCAUCACGACCUGGGGCACGCUGCGCUAGCCCUGGUUGAACACGGGGCACAGGGGGACAGUCUGGGACAUCUCAGACACUCGGCCAUGCCAAAAUCCAUUGCUGAAGUCUGCAAAGUAGUCUGCCAGGCCAAACGCUCACUCAUUAAGGCCCGUCAAGAUUUGUCCUACCCCUACGAGGAUGUCUGCAACCCAGUCAUCCAGCGUUGUAGGUUCCUCUUCACCGAGCUACGUCCAGCCAUUGGUAACGAGGUGUCAACGUUGUCCAGGCUCAAGAUAUUGAGUACGCCGCCACGCUGGAAGCAGGUGGUCCUGAAGAUGAUCCGACAACGACGAGCUACAGCUGCCGCAGCUGCUGUUUCAGCAUCUGGCAAGGAAGAGAAGGGAACCAAAGACGUGAAGGCCAAAACAGAGGGUGGUGAGGCAGAGAGUGAGGAGCCUGGAGCCGUAGGUGGUGCAGGAGUGGUUCGAAUCUUUGCUAAACAGCAGCAGCCAAAGACAGAGAAGAAGCCUGCAAAAGAUAAGGAUUCCUGGAGGGCAGUGGUUAGUGCAAUCACCAGCGCCCGUAAGUUCAAGUGGCUGCGACAGCGCAUGACAGGUGCCUCUACGCAGACUGCCCUCAUGAGCCAGAUUGUGGAAUUCACCAUCAACGACAACACCUUGGAUCUGGAGAAGCUCCGGAUGGCGCUGUAUGCCCAACUUGCUAGAGCUGAGAGUCGCCUGCAGGGGGCUGAUGCCAUGCUAGCCCAGCUCAGGAAGGAUCAACUCAUCCCCUCGGUCCGCUAUGCCAUGCUGUGCGGCUGGCAGGGCUUAGCUGACCAGCACGCUGACACCGGCUUGGCCCACCCCAAUCUUGUCCACGACGCCAGCACCCACUGCCUGAACAACGUGGCCCUGAUCCCACCCUACGACCGCGUCAUCCUCCAGACCACCUUUGCCAAGCUGAGCCGCUGGGCUGUGGAUGAGCUGCGCCACCAGGUACUGUCAGCCAAUGAGACGCUGAGCUGCUCGGCGCAGGCGGCCAUUGAAGACGAAGAAGAGGAGGACAACGGGCUGACCCUGGGAGUGCUACCCCAGGCACGCUUCAUCCUGGCUACCUUAGGAAUGUUGACCAAGGAACACCUAGCCUGUGGCGUGAGUCUGCUACUCAACUCUGGAGUACUGGGAUUAAUGCAGACAAUCCUGAGACUCACUGGCCCAGAUCAUGACUGUUAUAACGAUGACGACAGCCCCUUGCCAGCUACAGUGUUUGAAGAGACACGCAACACGCCCCAGCCGCCCCCCAUGCCAACCAGUGGACCAGAGUUGGCUGGCAUGAUGAAGAUUGGUACCCGAGUGGUGAGAGGACAAGAUUGGAAAUGGGGAGAUCAGGAUGGACCACCUCCCAGUGAGGGGCGGGUCAUAGGAGAGCUAGGGGAGGAUGGCUGGAUCCGGGUCCAGUGGGACACAGGUAGCACUAACUCCUACCGUAUGGGCAAGGAAGGGAAGUAUGAUCUCAAGCUGGCUGGCCCCUUGCCGAUAGUGGAACUGGCUGAGGAUGAGAAAGAGUGCAUAAUAGAUCCAGCUGCCAAAAAGCGUCCUGAGAGCAGCCACCCGACUGCCCUGAUCCGCCGGUCCAGCAUCUGCCUCCUCCAGCUGCUGACCCUCAGCUGUGGCAUCCAUGCUGAGAACAUGCAGCGGGAUGCCACCAAGACAUUGUGCGGACUACUGAGGACACUGGUAGAAGCUGGUCAUGCCAAGCCAUCAACUGAAGGGGAGCUGUCUCCAUCCAGGCUGGUAGCCAGCCAGCAGUACCAUGAGUGGGCCACCCUGGGCUUCAUCUCCAGCGUAGCCAGUGCCCCCAGCCUCUGCCGAGCCCUCAGUACACCUGACUGGAUUGAGCUGCUGUUGGGUAUGGUCAAGACACCAGACAUCACCCCAGAGACCAUCACCACGCAGAUCUUGGUUCUCCGUCUACUUAGAGCAGUCUUACCAGCUUGGGAGCAGACAGAACCAUCUCUGCGCACCAACACGCUGGUCAAGAAACUCUUUACUCUACUGGGCUCAAUGCUACUGGCCUGCUCAGCUGACCUGCCCUACCCAUUCACAGGGGAUGUUAGUAACAAAGGGAAGAAGCAGUUGCGUUGUAAAGUCUCCUUGACUGCCUCCAUGGGCAGCACUGUAGCUGAGGAGGUCAUAAUCCUACUUCGCCGUCUACAUACCUUACCAGCUUGGAACCUGACCAUCAGUGAUUACAUCACACAGCAGCUUAGUGCAGUCACGGACAUCCUGCUGGAGGAAGGUCAUGCUGAGCCUCGUAAUGUGAGUCAAGAAGACACCCUUGCCAAGGACGGUGCCGUCAUGUCAGCUCUUGCCAUGAUUGGUGGCCUGGACAGCCGACCACGUCUGGGUGGCCUGGUCAAACACGAAGAGUUUGGUCUGGGGACAGUGGCUAACAUUGCAGCCAGUGGUCGCCUGACAGUGCAGUUUGAGGACCAACGGGUACUCCGGGUUUGUCGACUCUCCUCCCUCACAGUGGUCCCAGUUCUGAGCUUUGAUGUAGACAAGCUACCUUUGACACCUGGAGUUUUAGAUGCCUGGGUUCAUCUGAUCAGCCUUGCUGGUUCUGGCUUCAAGGCACUCAGGGCUCUCUCUGGCAGAAAUGGCAGUGGCUUGGCAGAUCCAGAUGCGGUCAACCUGAAUCGCCUUCGCAAGCAGCAGAUUCGCCUUUCUCUCCUGCGUGCCACUCGGGUCAUGUUCAGCAAGCAGGACAACUUACGCAAGGUGCUAUCCCUUCAGGCAGCCCUAGAGCUCCAGCCCUUCUCAAUGGAGGAUGAUAGUAGCCCGGACAGCAUGACUUCCACCAAGAUGACCCUGCUGCAACUUCUGAUGAAUGCAGCCAUUCAGCCCUCCCCAAUCAAGGCGCUGUUUGAGAGGGGUGAAUUGGAGGGUGCUGCUCUGGCUUUGUGUCAGUACCUUGUUGCGGAGACCAAGACUCCACCCCCAGUCUACAUCAACGAGGAAGGACGCAUCCCACAGCCUGUCCGUGAGAUUGCCAGUCCAUCGGACACAGCCACAGCUCGUCCCGUCCGCCAGAGACGGCCCAAGGCAGCAGAAGUGCCACCAUCGCCACUGGUCAGCCAGCUGAUGGAGAUGGGUUUCAUGAGAAAGAAUGUGGAGUUUGCCGUCAAGGCUCUGAGUGGAGGUUCAGAUUCGAAACCGAGUGCUGAAGCCGUGGUGAGUUGGCUAGUGGACCACCCUGAUGUGGUGGACCUGCCCGAUGUGUCUGACUCGGACAGUGAACUGUCCUCAGAGUUGUUCCCAGAUGAUGAUGAGGAUGAGGACGAUUUUGAAGACCUGGAAGGAGACUAUGAACAGAUGCUGGCUGCUGAGGCUACGCUCUUCAAAAAGCGCAGUGACUUUCUGAGUAACGACGAGUACGCAAUGUACGUCCGCGAUAACAUCCAGAUUGGCAUGACGGUUCGAUGCUGUCGCACUUAUGAAGAGGUCCAAGAGGGGGACAUAGGCAAGGUUGUGAAACUUGAUCGGGACGGCCUUCAUGACCUCAAUGUCCAAGGGGAAUGGCAGAUUAAGACAGGCACCUACUGGGUACGGUACAUCCACGUGGAGUUGCUGGGAUUCACUCCCCAGUGUGCCCCGGGGUCCAACAUUAAGGUUGGAGACAGGGUGAAGGUGGCACGCAACAUCACCUCCCCCAAGUAUAAGUGGGGGUCUGUGUCCCACAAGAGUGUGGGUACGGUCACUGGCUUCAGUGCCAAUGGCAAAGAUGUGACUGUCAAUUUCCCCCAGCAACCCCACUGGACUGGACUGGUAUCUGAGAUGGAACUGGUACCCAGUACCCACACUGGUGUCACAUGCGAUGGUUGCCGAGCAACCUACAUCACUGGCCCCCGCUUCAAAUGCAAGACAUGUGAUGACUUUGACUUUUGCGAGAGCUGUUUCCGGACUAGACGUAACCACCGCCAUCCCUUUGUGCGCAUUUCUGAACCAGGGAGUACCCCUGUCAAUGUUGGCAGGCCUGGUCGUGGACGGCGUAGGGUGGGCCCUGCAGCGGGGGCUUUGAUUGAAGAUUGGUCCCGCUGUGUGAAGAACAGUGAGGUCUCCUCAAAGGAAGGACACAUCUCCAGGCUGGUGGAUGGGAACCCUAACACCUACUGGCAGUCCUCUGGCUCCCAAGGAAAGCACUUCAUCCGUCUGACGAUGCAGCCCAAUAUCCUAGUGCAUAGACUGCGUAUGACGGUAGACCCUAAUGACAGCAGCUACCAGCCCUCAGUGGUGGUGGUCUCUGGGGGUGACAGUGUGCCCAACCUGAAGGAGCUGAAGACUGUUCGCAUCGGUCCCACCGAGUCCUUGGUCACCUUGCUGCAAGAUAUGACAGAGUAUCACCGUGUGAUUGACAUCAGCAUCAAGCAGUGCAAGUCCAGUGGUAUUGACUGCAAAGUCCAUGGCCUGUCCAUUGUGGGACGUCUCUGCCCAGAUGAUGAUGAUGUCGCCGCCAGCUUCUCCUUUCUGGCCUCUGAGAAUGAAGACGAAGACGAGCGCAGCAACGCCAGGAUGCUGGCCCGACACCGGUCAGCUGAGGGCAUCGGCGGCCGAGACAUACAGACCAAGGUCUUCGUCUGGGGGCUGAACGACAAGGACCAAUUGGGUGGGCCCAAAGGGUCAAAGAUAAAGACACCUGUUCUGAAUGAGUUCCUGUCCAGUUUGAAGGUAGUUCAAGUGGCCGGAGGAUCCAAAAGCCUUUUUGUUGUGACGGCUGAGGGCAAAGUCUUUGCUUGUGGUGAGGGCACCAACGGACGACUGGGUCUAGGUUCCUCCGCUAAUGUCUCAACACCCAAGCAACUUAUGGCCCUGCAGGGGCAUACAGUCAAGAAAGUCUCUGUCCAUUCAGGUGGACGUCAUGCGAUGGCUCUGACUAUCGACGGCAAGGUCUUCUCCUGGGGAGAAGGGGAUGACGGCAAGCUGGGUCAUUUCAGCAGAAUGAAUUGUGACAAGCCCAGGAUGAUUGAAGCUCUGAAGACCAAGCGUGUGCGUGACGUAGCCUGCGGCAGCUCCCACAGUGCAGCAGUGACGGCCAGCGGGGAGCUGUACACCUGGGGACUUGGGGAAUAUGGAAGGCUAGGACAUGGAGACAACACUACACAACUCCGACCAAAACUGGUGAAAGCGCUUGCUGGCCAGCGGGUCAUGGAGGUUGCCUGUGGCAGCCGGGAUGCACAGACCUUAGCUCUGACAGAUGAAGGUCUGGUCUACUCCUGGGGGGACGGGGACUUUGGCAAGUUGGGCCGUGGAGGCAGCGAGGGUUGCAGUGUCCCCCACAAUGUGGAGAGACUGAACAAUCACGGCAUUUUGCAGAUUGAGUGUGGGGCACAGUUUUCACUGGCUUUGUCAAAGUCUGGCUCCGUCUGGACUUGGGGCAAAGGGGAUUACUUCCGCCUAGGUCAUGGUGCAGACUCCCACGUCCGUAAGCCCCAGAUGGUGGAAGGUCUGAAAGGCAAGAAGAUCAUCCACGUUGCCGCUGGUGCCCUGCACUGCCUGGCGGUCACCGACACCGGACAGGUGUUUGCUUGGGGGGACAACGACCAUGGACAACAAGGAAACGGGACAGUCACUGUAGACAAGAAGCCAACUCUAGUGGCAGGCUUGGAGGGUGUGCGGAUCACUAAUGUCGCCUGUGGAUCAUCCCAUAGUAUCGCCUGGUCUACCACUGAUGCUGCAGUGCCUUGCAUGCAUGAACCUGUGCUCUUCACUACACCCAGGGAUCCGCUGGGGGCCACAGAGCUUGGUGUGAUUGGAGAACCAGGCCAGGACCCUAAUGAUAAGAGUAGCAGUUCCCAGAGUAGCAAGCAGCGUCCUUCCCUGGCCAAAGUGAUGCUGUCACUGGACACCAACGCCUCACGUCAGAUGGCCCUAGGGCAAAUCUUGACUGCCCUGCAGAUCAUCUAUGCAAGGGAUGCUGUUGUUGGUUCAUUGAUGUCAAGUACCAGCAUGGCCCUGGCUGAAUCCACCCAGCCUUCUGCUGCUGUCACUCCUAGCGAGGGUCCCAUGUCUACCGCCACCAAUCCCUUAGACAUGAGUGAAAUCUCUCUCAGUACUGAUGGCACUGAGCCGGCUAUCGAUGGUGAUGGUGAUGCACCAAGUACAUCAGCACAUACCUUCCCAUCAGCCGGGGCUACUGUAGUCCCAGAAACUAUUACCAGUGCUGAUCAGGUAACAAGCCCAGAUGAUAAGGGCCCAGUCAGCCCUCUUCCCUCCCUGGAUGACUUCACCAGCACCUUGCAGCCCGAUGAUGCCCGUGUGCUGGUUGACCUCCUCAAGCUGGCUGUGGCCGUCAGGGCUGGCCAUCAUGGUAAACAGGCCAUCUCGGACACGCUGACCGCAAUGGCAAAAUACUACCCUGAGGUUGCGGACAUGCUGUUGGAACUUUGCGUGACAGAGUUGGAAGAUGUUGCCUUGGAUACAGAGUGUGGGCGGUCAGCCCUGCAGCCUGUGAUUCAGGAGAGCCCCCAUCCUUACGCUGACGACACCAUCACCAACGGGCACGUCAAGAUACCAGGAGCGGAAGCUCUGAGAGUGGAAUUUGAUCGGCAGUGCUCAACUGAGCGACGUCAUGACCCACUGACCAUCAUGGAUGGAGCAGGAAGGACAGUCUCUGUUAGAUCAGGGAGGGAAUGGUCGGAUUGGUCAGCGGAGCUUCGUAUCACCGGUGAGGAGCUGAAGUGGAAGUUCACCAGCGACGGUUCGGUCAAUGGCUGGGGUUGGCGCUUCACGGUCUUCCCUAUCAUGCCUGCUGCUGCCCCCAAGGACCUGCUGUCAGACCGGGCUGUGCUGGCCCGUCCCUCCAUCGACCUGGUAACCUGUCUGCUGGACUUUAGAUUGGAAUCCUCCACUGACCGGAAGAUCAUGCCUCGGCUGGCUGCAGCACUGGCCGCCUGUGCUCAACUUGGUUCUCUCGCUGCUGCCCAGCGCAUGUGGGCCCUGCAGAGAUUACGGAAGCUAAUUGCAACUGAGUUCCAUGGCAAUCUCAAUGUGGAAGCCAUCUUGGGCUUGGAAGUCUCUGAUGAGUCUGCCGUUGCCUACAACGCCUUCAAUGGCACAGCCCUUGCUGCACUGGUCAAAGGUCUCCCUGAAGCCUUACAACGCCAAUAUGAGUACGAGGAUCCCAUCGUGCGAGGCGGCAAGCACCUCCUGCACAGCCCUUUCUUCAAAGUCCUGGUGGCAUUGGCCUGUGAUCUUUGCCUGGAUGCCCUCAGCUGCUGUGUAGAGUCACACCGUUGGGCCUGGUUCCGACGUUACUGCACUGCCGCCCGAGUUGCGAAGUCGCUGGAGAGUCGUAUUCAGCUACCGGACAUGUUUUGUGAAGAGGUGAUGAAGAAGAUCAGAGAAAUCAGUGCCGAGGGUGACAGUACUGUACAACGUGAACAUGAGGACCACAACGAAUUCAAACGGGAACAUGAUGAACAGAUCCUGAUGUGGAUGAACAGGCGGCCUGAUGACUGGACUUUGUCCUGGGGUGGCAGUGGCACCAUCUACGGCUGGGGUCACAACCACAGGGGUCAGCUGGGUGGCAUUGAGGGGGCAAAGGUCAAAGUGCCUACCUCCAUCGAGUCGCUAACAGCACUGCGGCCUGUGCAGAUUGUUGGUGGGGAGCAGACACUGUUUGCUGUGACUGCAGAUGGCAAGGUCUAUGGCACUGGUUAUGGGGCUGGAGGUCGUUUGGGAAUUGGCGGUACAGAUUCAGUCUCCACCCCAACUCUGCUUGAGUCAAUCCAGCAUGUCCACAUCAAGCGAGUGGCUGUCAACUCAGGUGGAAAGCAUACGCUUGCACUGUCCAUUGAAGGAGAAGUGUAUUCGUGGGGUGAGGGAGAAGAUGGGAAAUUAGGCCACGGCAACAGAACGCAAUGCGAUCGGCCUAGAGUCAUUGAGAGCCUGCGUGGGAAGGAGGUUGUGAACAUUGCCUGUGGCGGUGCCCACAGCGCAUGCAUGACAUCAAGCGGAGAGCUGUUCACCUGGGGUAAAGGCCGCUACGGACGGCUUGGUCAUGGGGAUAGCGAAGACCAGCUCAGACCAAAAUUGGUGGAUGCCUUGAAAGGUUUCCGUGUGGUUGACGUAGCCUGUGGUAGCGGUGAUGCCCAAACCCUCUGCAUCACCGACGAUGACAAUGUCUGGUCUUGGGGAGAUGGUGACUAUGGCAAGCUGGGUCGCGGUGGCAGUGAUGGCUGCAAAGUACCGCAGAAGAUUGACAUCCUGAGUGGGGCAGGGGUGUGCAAGGUGGAAUGUGGCUCACAGUUCUCCAUUGCACUGACCAAGUCAGGCAUUGUCUACACCUGGGGAAAGGGUGAUUACCACCGCCUUGGUCAUGGCACUGAUGACCACGUACGGCGCCCUCGCAAGGUAGCUGCCCUCCAUGGCAAGAAAGUCAUCUGCGUGGCAACGGGGUCACUGCACUGUGUCGCCUGCACAGAUACUGGUGAGGUAUUUACCUGGGGUGACAACGACGAAGGGCAGUUGGGAGAUGGAACUACCAAUGCCAUUCAGAGGCCUAGGAUGGUCACAGCAUUACAGGACAAAAAGAUCACCAACGUAGCAUGUGGCUCAGCCCACACCAUUGCCUGGUCCACUAGCAAGCCGGUCAACGCCGGCAAACUUCCCAAGACCAUCCCUAUGGAGUACAACCUUCUGAGAGAUAUCCCCAUCCCCAUCAUCCGCAACCGCCUGGUGCUCCUGCAUCACUUCUCAGAGCUCUUCUGCCCAUCUAUACCCAUGUUUGACCUGCAUGCUGAGGAGGAAAACAAGGCUGGCACUGGCACGCUGGUUGGUAUUGAUGCCCUAAGAGGGCUACUGGUGUCUUCAGGCAAGGAAGCUGCAUUCCGCAAGGUUGUCCAAGCCACCAUGGUGCGUGACAGACAGCAUGGUCCAGUCAUUGAGUUGAAUCGCAUCCAGGUCAAGCGUUCCCGCAGCAAGGCGGGGAUGGCCGGACCAGACGGCACCAAGUCAGUCUUUGGCCAGGCCUGCUCCAAGCUCAGUCAGUUUGGCUCUGACAGCUUGCUGCUCCCUCACCGUGUCUGGAAAGUCAAAUUCAUUGGGGAGAGUGUUGAUGAUUGCGGGGGUGGAUACAGUGAAUCUAUAGCCGAGAUGUGUGAUGAGCUGCAGAAUGGCUCCACCCCUCUCUUAGUGCUGACACCCAAUGGGCGUGAUGAGGCUGGAGCCAACCGUGACUGCUUCAUACUCAAUCCAGCUGCCAAGUCACCCACUCAUCAGAACAUGUUCAGGUUCCUAGGUAUUCUGAUUGGUAUUGCUAUCCGUACCGGCAGCCCCCUCAGCCUAUCCCUUGCCGAGCCGGUGUGGAAGCAGCUGGCUGGUAUGCCACUCACUGUCACUGAUCUUACUGAAGUGGACAAAGACUAUAUGCCAGGUCUGAUAUGUAUUCGUGACAUGGAACCUGAUGCCUUCUUGUCCAUGGAAAUGGCAUUCAGUACCCCUAGUGCCACAGGCAUGGAUGUUCCAUUGAGCACCAAACAUGCACAUAUUACUCUGGAGAAUAGGAAUGAAUAUGUGAGGGCAGCACUCAACUACAGGUUGCAUGAGUUCGAUGAGCAGGUGCAGUGGGUGCGUGAGGGUAUGGCCAGGGUGGUCCCUGUACCUCUCUUGUCUCUUUUCACAGGCUCUGAACUUGACACCAUGGUCUGUGGUAGUCCAGACAUCCCCUUGCAUCUGCUCAAGUCGGUCGCCACCUACAAGGGUAUUGAUGCAGGUGCUCCCCUGGUGCAGUGGUUCUGGGAGGUCAUGGAGGAAUUCACCAACACCGAGCGCUCGCUCUUCCUUCGCUUUGUCUGGGGGCGAACCCGUUUGCCCCGCACCAUCGCCGACUUUAGAGGCAGAGAUUUUGUUCUGCAGGUCUUGGACAAGUACAGCCCACCAGACUUCUUCCUGCCCGAGUCCUACACCUGUUUCUUCCUUCUGAAGUUGCCUCGCUACUCCUGCCGGGAGAUCCUGCGAGAAAAGCUCAAGUAUGCCAUCUACUUCUGCAAGUCCAUCGACACAGACGACUACGCCCGUAUCGCAUUGACGGGCGAGGCGGCAGGGGGCAACUCCAGUGACGAUGACAGUGAUGACUUUGAGGGCUUGGACAGUGCCCCCGAGUCUGAGGAAAUUCCUUGAAGAUGAGAAUCCUUUCAAUUCAAAGAUGUGACGUUGAGGUUCAGACCAUGCGAGACAAAGUCAGAAUACUUCAAAUCAGUCUGUAGCUUCUUGCAUGCUAGGACGGUAUAUUAUGUGUUGUUAGGGUGACAUGAUGGCUUUGUGAUUGUUGUAAAUAUGCCAUUUGCAUUGACCAUUAAAAACUGAAAGAUUGCAACAGGUGUUUGAGGAAUUUAGUCUGAUUUCACAGUAUUAAUCUUAUCAAAUUUGAAGUAGAUUUUGAUUAGAGAUCAGUGGAUGCCCCCACCUCCCCAAACCAAGAUGUAAAAAUCUUGUAGAAAUUGAGUCUGUUUGCAGCUUAUGUGUUAUCAGUGUUGAAAACGAACCUGCAUAUCCAAUACAAGAGUGUCUUAAUGGCAGUGUGUAACCGAGGUAUUGUGUUGUGGAAAACGGUGAGCCUUGCCCACAUGUUGCUGCCUGAUAACUCCUAUCUGAUAAAUGGCACAGAGAACGAAACUGAUAAUGUGAACUGGAAAGGUGAUCUGUUAUGUUUUAGUGUAAAUCAUAAAACAGGUUCUUUGUUUACAAAACAGAGAUAAAAGUAACAUAUAUAAGCAUGCAGUUUGUAAUUUUUAGCAUCUUUAUCGUGGAUCAAUGCAGCAUGAACUUAGGAAAAAGAUGCAAUUGUAAUAAAUGUAUGGUUCCUUAAAACUUUCUAAUUGGUCAUUGUAUACAGAAAUAUACAUAUUCAUGGUGUAGUUCUUGUUGGGUAUAUCUCCUUCGCCUUGGGUAUUAAACUUAAGGUACAAGUUUUCUUGUUCUUUCUUUUUUUUCUUUUUAUCAAAAACUGACAGCACAUAUUGGCAAAGUAUCCUAUAUGCUUUUAUCUGUAAAAGUGGUGUGCUGUAUAUUUUUGCUGAGUAUGGGCAUAUUGUCUCAGUCAGAGUGAUGUUUUUUCCUGGUUGUGAAUUAACUGCUUAAUUAUAACUCCGCCAUUUCAUUUGUGAAGUUUACUACUGGUGCUGGGUUGUAACCUCAAUGCCAUUAAGUUGUCACCUCAUUGUUCAAUUCUGGCCUCAUGGUUUGCAUUUGACCCCACCGACAGACCAGACAUUUUAUGUUGUGACUCCAUCGCUCCAUUUUUGCCUCAUUUCAGAAUUAUUGCAUGCUCUCGUCACCUGUUGAUGUUGACCCGGCAUGUCGACCUUACUGCUAGCUGAGCUAAUAGGGGAUAGCAGAUUUCAUUAGCAAAAUAUAGUUCUGUUCAUCUGUUUAAUUUUGCUUAGCACACAUUUGUCUAGCAAGCAGCUUCUAACAAUAAGCUCUUGGUAUGAUCUUAGGUUUCCUUGAAGUUUCUUGGUUCUAAACUCAUGUAUUGAAACUAAUCAAAUUAAAAAGCGUGAUUUUUAAAAAGUAUGUGUUUGUUAACAAAAUGUAUACCUACCUACUUGUGUUGUGGUAGUUGGUAUAGGCUAAGAAAUGAACAAUGUAAUUUCAGGCACAGUGAAGUGAUUGUGGAACACAUUUCAGGUUGUAAAUUUAUUUGAUCUUUUUGAAUGGCUUUGCAGCUGAAACGUAAAACAGUAUUUAGGGAUCUCCAAAGUUGUCAGAGAAUGUGCAAAUAUCAAUUUCUUGGCAAAGAAGAAAACAAAUUUUGAUGAAAUAAUUGAUCUUAGUUUAGAAAUGUAAAGCUUUCUUUUAGCCCGUUAUCGAUUGUUUGUGUAGUGCUAGUGCAGUGUUUGUGUCAUUAGUUAUAGGGAGAAAUUUUUUUUUUUAUUUUAUGAAUCAUGGACUGUUUGUGAUAUGCUGUUUUUGCAAUGUUGAACAAAAUGCCUAUAUGUAUAUUCCCAAUGUGAAACAAUGUAAAUGUUUGUACUGUGAAAUAUUUGUGACAGGUAAUAAAUAUGCAAAGCAUACAGUAAGCGAGGCUGUAUAAGGUGAA